UCAAGAAAUUGUAUACCCCGGAUAAACGUGUCCAGGUUCGAUGUAUUAUGUUACUACUAUAUAGAGUGAAAAAUCAGCUUCACCAUCUCACCCAGGAUUUAUUACUCAAAAUUAUUUAAUCAAGCAAAACCUUUAAUAAUUACAAGUCAACAAUGGCAGAAGUUGAUCCAAGCUUCAUCCAAGCCAUUGAACACAGGCCUAAACUCACAGUCACUGAAGCUCAAGGCAUCCCAUUAAUCGAUCUUUCUAUAUCAAACACCCAACUCCUUGUUUCCCAGAUAGGUGAUGCUUGCAAGAACUGGGGAUUCUUCCAAGUUAUCAAUCAUGGGGUCCCUGUAAAAUCACGCGAGAAGCUUCUACUUGCAUCCAGAAGUUUCUAUGCUCUGCCUAAGGAGGAGAAACUCAAGGUGAGAAGAGAUGAAGUGAACCCUUUUGGUUAUUAUGACACUGAGCAUACGAAAAAUGUUAGAGACUGGAAAGAAGUUUUUGAUUACACGGUGGAGAAUCCGACUGUUUUGCCUGCUUCUCCUGAUCCUGAUGACAAAGAGCUCAUCAUGUUGGUUAAUCAGUUGCCCAAGAAUCCUAUAAAUAUGAGGGAGGCAUUUGAAGAGUAUGCUCAAGAAGUGAAGAAGCUGUGUUACACAUUGAUAGAACUCAUAGCCUUGAGCUUAGGCUUGCCUGCAGAUAGGUUUAAUAAAUUCUUCGACAACUCAACCAGCCGAAUCAGGCUCAAUCACUAUCCACCCUGUCCUGUUCCUGAAUUGGCCCUUGGUGUUGGUCGACACAAGGAUGGCGGUGCGCUAACUGUACUAUAUCAGGAUGAGGUUGGAGGACUUGAAGUGAAGCGGAAAACUGAUGGAGAGUGGAUUCGCGUGAAGCCUACAAGCAAUGCAUAUAUCAUUAAUGUUGGUGAUAUAGUUCAGGUCUGGAGUAAUGAUAAGUAUGAAAGUGUGGAGCAUAGAGCAAUGGUGAAUCCAGAGAAAGAGAGAUUUUCCAUUCCAUUCUUCUUUAAUCCGGAGCAUUCAACUAUGGUCGAACCACUGAAUGACUUAACAGAUGAUGAAAAUCCCCCCAAGUACAGGGCAUAUAAUUGGGGAAAGUUCAACAUGAACAGGAGACGAAGUAAUUUCAAGAAACUUGCUGCUGAAAAUAUUCAAAUCUACCAUUUCAAGGUAUCAAAAUAGCAUAUCAACUAUGGAAGCUUGUCAGUUGAUGAUCAUGUCAUGACUUGUGAGAGGAUUACUAUGAUGUUACCAAAAAAGUUUGUAUAAAUUUUAAUAAAAAAUUAUAGUCCAGAUUUCAGCAUUGCAUAGAUCUGUAUAGAGUAAUAAGAUACAACAUACAACCAGAAUAAAAUUCUUGUGUUAUGUUGAUUGA